AUGCCUCUGCUGCCUCGGCCGCUGAACACUGUUGAUGUGUGGCUUGCAUUCCUUGGCACCUACCUCAUUUCGCUCGUGGCGGUCUUUGCGAGCCUUUUCUCCAACAGGCUGUCGAAAGCGACGGGACUGGACUUCGAGGUCUACCUGGUCUUCUUUCUCCUGCAGGGCACGAGGCUGCUCUGGCAGGCCGCCACGGCCACCAGGAGCUUGAGCCCCGGGAGGCGCUUCCCGAUGGACACCUUUGCCUUGGGCACCGUGGCGGCCACCAUGCCCUUCCUGGCAGACACCUUCGACACAUUGAAGGAUGUGGUCUUCGCGGGGCUAUGCAUGCUGUCGGAAAGCUGGGCGUUGCGUCUGACCGGAUUUGCCAGCCUCGCUUGGCUGCCGUGGGUACACUACAGGCUGCUUCGUGACACCGACUGCGUGGCGGACCUGUCGGGCAGUUACUUCCCUUUUGCCAGCGCGCAGCCAGUGGACGAUGAAGCCCAGGCUGCAGAAGGUGAAGGGUGCUGCUGGCCGAAGGUAGAAAAAUGCCUGCACGAGCUUUACAAGCAAACUACGCCGGGCAAGAUCAGGCUUCUGCUUUGGGAAGCCGGGCCUCAGGGUGUCUUUGCCCUGCUCUAUGUCUUUAUCGAAGGUGGAUCGAAGUUUGUCCCCUUGAUGCAGCUGGCAGUUCCACUGCUCCAAACAGCCUUGGGCUGGUUAGGCAACGAGCAGCUGGGCCGGUGGACCAUGCGCUCCACAGGGAAGCGCCUGGCCGGUGCCUUCGCAUCCGGCAACAUCCCGCUCCAAACGUCUCUGCUGCAAACCAUCUUGCACGCGGAGGCAGAGCUGGGAGACACGGCCCUGGCAGAAGCGCGCAGGGGCAUCAACCCCGAGCUUCUGACAAAAACGACUUUGUCUGGGACCGAUCUGGAGGGCCUCAGUCUCUGGGCUGUCGGAGCAGUGGUUCGCCUCAGCAAGACUCUCCACACCAUCGAGAGGGCUGGUUCGCCUCACGGCAUCCCCUUUUUCCAGGCCCUGGCUGCGGCCCUUGAGCAGAACGCGACCGUCGCUCACAUCGACCUCCGUGGCAACAGAAUUGGUGAGGAGGGCGCCAAGGCCCUGGCUGCGGCCCUCGAGAAGAACGCGACCGUCGCUCGCCUCGACCUCCCCUUCAACAAAAUUGGUGACGCGGGCACCAAGGCCCUGGCUGCGGCCCUCGAGAAGAAUGCGACCGUCGCUCACAUCAACCUCAGGACCAACAACAUUGGUGUCGAGGGCACCAAGGCCCUGGCUGCGGCCCUCGAGAAGAACGCGACCGUCACUGACAUCUACCUCAGCGACAGCAACAUUGGUCACGAGGGCGCCAAGGCCCUGGCUGCGGCCCUCGAGAAGAACGCGACCGUCACUGGCAUCUACCUCUGGAGUAACGAAAUUGGUGACGAGGGCGCCAAGGCCCUGGCUGCGGCCCUCGAGAAGAACGCGACCGUCGCUCACAUCGGACUCAGCGACAACAGAAUUGGUGUCGAGGGUGCCAAGGCCCUGGCUGCGGCCCUUGAGAAGAAUGCGACCGUCGCUCACAUUGACCUCAAUAUAAACGACAUUGGUGUCGAGGGAGCCAAGGCCCUGGCUGCGGCCCUCGAGAAGAACGCGACCGUCGCUCGCCUCGACCUCCCCUUCAACAAAAUUGGUGACGCGGGCGCCAAGGCCCGGAGCUUCCGGUGCAUGUUCGCCUAG